UUUCCAUAUCAUUUCAGAGAGCCAAAAUCCUGCCAAUCAAGAGAUAUGGCCAAAAAUAAACGAAAGGAUAAUCCAAUAUACCAUGUGGCAGGAAAACAGAAGACAUUGAAGAAAAAAGGAAAACCAAGUAAAGUGAUGGGAAAUCUGAAGAGGAUAAAUUCAGGUCAGCAUAUCAUUGAUAAACUUGACAGUGAACUCAAGAAUGUGAAGAAGGACUUGCUGCAAUCUGGGGCCCAGGCCCCUCCUGUGAAGUCAAUGGACAUUCAUAUUGGAAAGGUUAAUAGAGAGAAAGUAUCCAACAGUGAUGUGGAUGAUCUUGCAGAUCAAAUGAAUGCUCCAAUGGAAAUCCAAAAAUACAGAUCUUCCUGAUCCUUCAGUUUUCUUUAUUCCAUCUGUUUGCAAGUGGCCCUUGUCAUCUACAGAUUUUCAAAAUGAAAAAUAUGUUGUCAUG